GUUUAUGUAUGUUCCUUGCCCGCACACAACCAAUGUAAUUUGUGAGGCUUUGUUUGAUUGCUUAAUGGAUUGGAAUAUUGAUAGUAAGUUGUCUACUUUGACAUUGGAUAAUUGCACCAUGAAUGAUUCUGUUGUUGGCAUGCUAUCGAUAUUGAUGAACAAGUUCUCUCCUGACUCUUUGUUGUUGAAUGGACAAUACUUACACAUGCGUUGUGCUGCACAUAUUCUGAACUUGAUUGUGACAGACGGUUUGAAAGUAAUUGAAUCUAGCAUUGAGAAAAUUAGAGAAAGUGUAUACUAUUGGACAGCAACACCGAAAAGAGUGGAAAAAUUUGAAGAGACCGCACGCCAAUUGCAUACCAAAUGCGAUAAAAAACUUGCGCAUGAUGUUAAAACUAGAUGGAAUUCCACUUAUUUCAUGCUUAUUUUUGCAUUGAUGUAUAAGUCUGUGUUUCCUCGCUUGAAACAACGUGAUCCAUAUUAUAAAAUUGUUCCUACUGAGCAUGAUUGGUUGCUUGCUGCUGAGAUACGUGAAAAAUUGGAGUGGUUCUAUCGUUUGACCAAUACAUUUUCUUCUACGAAGUACCCGACUAUGAACACAAUUUUUAUGGGUAUUUGUGAGAUUAGACUUCGGAUGAAUACUUGGCUUGAUUGUGUAUAUCCGGAGGUGGUGAGUAUGGUCGAGAAUAUGAUCCAAAAGUUCAAAAAAUAUUGGGAGGACAUACAUGUUAUUUUCUCACUUGCUCUCAUUUUGGAUCCUAGAUUAAAGUUUAAAAUGAUUGAUUAUUACUACGAUAAAAUUCUCGGAGCAGAUGCUUGGAUUGAGAAAGAAAAGAUCCGGA